GGAUUGAGUUCCAAACAGGAAGACGGUAGACGGUCGACGGUCGAGGCAGAAAAUGAAAAUGGCGAGUUGUUGUUUUUGAGAAGCUUGUGAUCGGUAGUCAUUUAUUCCUCGUCCACAAUCAAAGACUUAAAUGUGUUUAUUUUUGAGCGCCGUGUGUUUACACUGUCUGCUGGAUCAUCGGAGAUAACGCAAUGACCGCAAAUAUGUAUAGAGUCGGAGAUUACGUGUAUUUUGAAAACUCUUCCACUUCACCUUUCCUCAUUAGAAGAAUAGAAGAACUAAAUAAGACUCCCAAUGGAAAUGUGGAAGCCAAGGUUAUGUGCUUCUUCCGGCGGAGAGACCUUCCUAAUCCUCUUGUACAGUUAGCGGACAAACAUCAAGUUGCCUUAGAGGAAGAAGUAGAAAACCAAAAGCUGAAAGCAUUGGAGCCUGUUGAUCCAUCUACUCUAAAUGGCAAGCAAAGACAUCAGUUGAAGCACCGCGAACUGUUUUUAUCGCGCCAAGUGGAAACAAUUCCAGCAACACACAUCCGAGGGAAAUGUUCUGUUACACUUCUUAAUGAGACAGAAUCUCUGCUUAGUUACCUGAAUAAAGAUGAUACCUUCUUUUAUUGUUUGGUAUUUGACCCUUCACAAAAAACUUUGUUGGCUGACAAAGGAGAAAUUAGAGUCGGUGGGCGUUACCAGGUAGAUCCUGUUCAAAUGCCUAAGGAACUUGAAAAUCCUGAAAAUGACUCAAGAAAGUUGGAAGAUUUGGAAACUUUGGUGUGGACACCCAGCCACCAUCUUACAGAUAGACAGAUUGAUCAGUUCUUAGUCAUAUCAAGGUCUGUUGGAACAUUUGCCCGGGCUCUGGACUGUUCAAGUUCUGUUAAACAGCCUAGCCUUCACAUGAGUGCUGCUGCUGCUUCUAGGGACAUUACUCUUUUCCAUGCAAUGGAUACUUUGCAUAAGCACACCUACGACUUAGCAUCAGCUGUAUCAUCUCUAGUCCCUUCCACUGGCCCAGUUCUGUGUAGGGAUGAAAUGGAAGAGUGGUCUGCAUCAGAAGCGAAUCUCUUUGAGGAAGCCUUGGAUAAAUAUGGGAAAGAUUUCAACGACAUUAGACAAGACUUUCUUCCAUGGAAAACAUUGAAGAACAUCAUAGAAUAUUACUACAUGUGGAAAACAACAGAUCGUUAUGUUCAACAGAAACGAGUCAAGGCAGUUGAAGCAGAAUCAAAGCUGAAACAAGUGUACAUUCCCAAUUACAACAAUAAGCCUAACUCAGCUGUCAUCAAUAAUAACAAAGGGAUUGUAAAUGGAAACAGUAAUGGAGAAGUGACUAUCAGUGGCAAAGCUUGUGAAUCUUGCAAUGCCUCAUCUUCAACCCAGUGGUAUGCUUGGGGCCCAUCCCACAUGCAGUGCAAGCUAUGCCACAAUUGCUGGCAAUAUUGGAAAAAGUACGGUGGCCUCAAAGUACCAUCUAGAAUAGGUGAAGGUGAAACAGAAAUAAAGAAGAAGCCUGGUUCUGCAAGUGUGUCUGAUGAAGAAUCAGUCACAGAGCGAGCUCCAUCCAGCCUUGCAUCGCAUAGACCGCACCGUUGCAAUAUUAUUGGCUGUGGAAAGGAAUUCAAACUCAAGACCCAGCUGGCGCGACACUAUGCCACUGCCCAUGGUCUUGCUGUGCGAGCAGGCUCGCCUCGACCUAUCAUGAAAACCAGAACUGCGUUUUACUUGUGCACCACUCCUCUUACACGUAUUUCACGUCGACUCUGUCGUCAACUUAUGCAAACUCGUCAUGCAGCGCGGGCACCAUUUUGGGCUAUCAAUGUACCUGCAAUCAAGCAAGAAUGUCAAGUACAAAUGACAGGAAAGUCACUGGCACAAUUAAAAGAAUUGCUAAUAUACUGCAGAAAAGAUAGAGGAAGUGUUACAGCCAUAGCAACACGGCUUGGUCAUUACAAAGAAACAGUAACUCCAGAAUGGUUAAUUCUUACCGACAAGAGCAAAAUGCCCAAACCGGAAGUUGUGGCUUUCCCUAAACCACCUAAAGCUCCAGAUGGUAGUCUGAUGUAUGAACGAGUACCCAACAAACCUGAAGCUGAGAAGAUACCCCUAAACAAUGUGUCCCCUCACCUGAAGCGAAGAGCUAUCGACGAAGUGAAUGGCAUGGAUGACUCGGAUUGGGAAGAAGGCGGAGGCACACCUAUCCCCCAGCAAGGCCCUCCCCACAAACGUUCCCACAAAGACCCCCAGGCGCUGGCCAACCUGGCGCAAAUGGCGGGGCUCAACCCCAACGCCAUGGUGCCCUACGCCCCCUACACUGGGCCCCGGCAGAUCAUCAGCCAGAACGGCAAGGCCCGCAUCGCGGUGACGCGCUCCGGCUCUGGCAGCAAGCAGGUGCUGUCGUGGAUGGAGGCCCCCGAGGAGGUGCUGUUCCGCUCCACCGAGCACGUCAAGAAGGUCCGGAGGCAGAUGACCACCCCCGAGUUGCGGCGGGCGGCCCGGAAGCCCUGGAGGAAGCUGUGCUCCAAGGGCCUGGAGGACACCGUGGUGGUGCUCGAAUGACCAAGGUUUUCCCUCGGCCUGGAAUACAGGCCGAACCCCUCGCCAGCCCCGCCCCCGCCACUGCUCGGCCUUUCGGCCGUGGGCCUUUCGGCCGUGAUGCCUGUGGCGGGCCACCACACCAUGGCGGGGAUCCGACUCUAAGCAGCGAGUGCGUCUUAUCACCGGACUUGUGCAAAGCCGCGUAAAGCCGUCUCGUUGUUUCGCGUUGUGAAUAGAGGGGGACGAGUGAUGGGUGCCUUCAUCACUGUUACGUGAGUGAAAAACUAUGCCACCGAAAUCAUCGUCAAAAAGUUUCUCGAUCAUCGCCCUAUGAGGUGUCGUCGUCGUUGUCAGCUCCGUUGGCCGAGCUGUGAUCUGCAAACUGAAGCCACCCGUACCCUUUCCAGUCUGCAGGAUCCUUGUGUUACAACUUGCCGUCAGACAAAAAGACUGUGAGGCUUAGCUAUUUUUCUUGUCUUGGCUGAAGGCAUGCUCGUCUCUUGUGCUGCUGUUGCAGACAUCUUUUAUAGGAGACACUAAUUAAGGUCCUCAGAAUCACCCUGGAUUGAUGCCCUGCAAUGCCACGGAAAGCAAUAACAAAUUUUACCUGUGCUGGUAUGUAGGCAGCUAUUAAGUUUAAUAGUAUUUCAAUCUCAAGAUUUAAUGUUGUAUAGUAAUUUUAAUAAAACAAAAACAAAUGUCUUUCUGCACAAAUAUUGUUCAAUUUUCCUUCUGUCCUAAAGACAAAUUUUAUAGGAAUGUGACUUCUGAUCUGUCAAAUGCAUUAAAGUCGUGAUCUUAUUGUAUAAAUUUAAUAUUACAAAUGAAUUGCAUGCUCUCAUGAGGAUGGUAUUAAGUGUACGUAAAACUUGUCCUUGUUACUGGAAGGACACAUUAUCUGUUAAAUAUGGUGAUAGCUCCAAGCAAAGAGAGAGAGAGAGACAGAGACAGAUCUCAUGUGGUCUGAAAGUGCAUCUGAACUUGUUCAAAUGCUUUGCUUGUUUCCAUGAAUGGCACAAAUGCACAGAAAUAUUAUGUCAGUGCUUUGUCUGGACAAAAGUCUUGUACCUGUGUAGCUGCGUAUUGAGAUGAAAUCAAAUUUGAUUUUUUUAUAUUUGGCCAUUUUAAAUUCAAAAUAUGCUUCUUGUUCCCCUUUGGGAAGUUUCAUUGGAUUUGUAUUUUAGUUUCCUCACACAUACUGCUCAGUGAAUGUGAACUUAUGAAUUUACUUAUUUAUUUUGUUACCUGGUGGAUGUAUAUCAAAAGGCACAAGGUCUUUUUAUAUCACAUAAAUCAAUUAUUUUGUGAAAAGUGAUUCUACACAAAGUGGACUGGUUGUGACAUCGUUAAACAUUGUUUUUUAUGCUGGUUAACGUAUCUUGUUGGCAAGAAAUAUGGAAUGAUUAUAGUGUUGCUGGUACUGAGUGCCAGCAAAAUGUCAUCUUGUUUUUUUUUUACUUUGUGUACUUGCCUGCCUUUCAUGCACUGUUUCCAGUGCUCUCUUGUUUGUCAUUAUCCAAGACCAAUUAGAGCAUUGCAGUUCACUCAUGCAUCUAGUGAUUAUGGUGAUACGUAAUUUGCAGCAAUGCUGCUAAAGGUUGACAUUACAAGAAUUUUCUUCCAAAUAAGUUAUUUAUGGCACCUCUUUUCCAUCAAUGCUUGGUGCGAGUUUUAUCAAUCCAAUACUGUUUGAUUCUGGUUUAUUGUUUUGCCUUGUUUAUAAUGUAAUUUAUUCAUUAAUAACAAAUAUUGAAAUUGA